AUGCCUGCUGUCGAAGAGGCACUACGAAACUCCGAGGCUGUCAGCACUGGCAGCGACCUCCCAGCCCCUCCGUUAAAGACAAUGAACGGAAAGACAUUCAACGGCCAACCCCCAAAAGGGACGAAUGGCGCCACCAACACCAACUGGAGAAGGAGGAGCAAGUACCGUCAUGUAGAAGCCUAUCAUUCAAGAGUGCGGCAUUCAAGCCUCAGUCGCGAACCCAACGUCACGGCGAGUUUCCUGGGCUUCCGGAAUCUCAUGGUUAUUGUCCUGGGCGUGUUUCCGUGUGUGGCUAAUGUGUCGUUCCCGGAACUAGUCGCGAUGAACCUCCGGCUGAUCAUCGAAAACUUCAUGAAAUAUGGUGUUUUAAUCUGCAUCAGGUGCCACGACUAUCGGAAACAGGAUGUCGUGCUCGGGUCAGCUCUCUUUGCACUUGUGCCAUUCCAUCUUUACGUCUCCUAUAUUAUUGAGCUGGCCGCGGCGAAGCAGGCCAAGCAGAUGGUUGGUCGGAAGAAGAAGGACAGCCCAACCGAGGUAAAUGAGCGCGAACAACGAAUUUUCAAGAACACUUGGUGGAUCUCUGCGCUCUUCCACUGUUUAAACACCCUUCUUAGUUUGGGAAUUACGAGCUUCGUCGUGUUUUUCUACGUCCACCACCCAGGAAUUGGCACUCUUUGCGAGCUUCAGGCUCUUAUUGUGUCGUUCAAGAUUUGUUCCUAUGCGUUCACCAACCGCGACCUCCGAGAGGCAUUGCUCAACCCAUCUGUCGAGUCCGCCCUCCCGGAAAUCUAUGCAUCCUGCCCAUAUCCCAAUAACAUUACCCUUGGGAACUUGGUAUACUUCUGGUUCGCACCCACGCUAGUCUACCAGCCGGUGUACCCCAGAUCAUCGCACAUCCGGUGGUCGUUUGUGGCCAAGCGUCUGUUUGAGUUCUUUUGCCUAGCCGUGUUUAUCUGGCUUUUGUCGGCUCAGUAUGCGGCUCCUGUCCUGCGAAAUUCCAUCGACAAGAUUGCCGUUAUGGACAUCGCAUCUAUUCUGGAGCGGGUGAUGAAACUCUCGACAAUCUCUCUCGUCAUUUGGUUGGCAGGGUUCUUUGCGCUCUUCCAAGCACUGCUGAAUGCCCUGGCUGAGGUGAUGCGGUUUGGGGACCGUGAGUUCUACACUGAUUGGUGGAAUAGUUCCAGUCUCGGGGUGUACUGGCGGUCUUGGAAUCGGCCUGUAUACCUCUUCAUGAAGAGGCAUGUAUAUUCGCCGCUCGUUGGCCGAGGAUGGAGUCCUCUUGCGGCGAGCACAGUUGUCUUCACGCUGUCUGCUGUUCUGCACGAGGUCCUCGUGGGUAUUCCGACGCAUAAUCUGAUCGGCGUGGCGUUUGCGGGUAUGAUGUUUCAACUACCGCUGAUCAUCAUGACCGCCCCCUUGGACAAAGUCCAAGACCCUUUGGGGAGAGUGAUUGGCAAUUCCAUAUUCUGGAUUAGUUUUUGUCUUGUUGGCCAGCCUCUGGGGGCGUUGCUGUACUUCUUUGCCUGGCAGGCGAAAUAUGGUACUGUGAGCCGGAUGUGA